UGAAUCAAUUCUCCGGUAUUAUUUUUGUUCAUCUUUUCCUUGCGAUAUUGUUUCAUACAUGCAUGUAUGGUAAAAUCCACAGCCAAACCAAUACUAUUGCAUGCCAUGCACGGAUUGAAUAAAAACAUGUUACGUUAAAUAAUAUAAUCAUACAAUUGCGCCGCAAUUCAAUGUGGGGGAAAAACCAAAGUCAAAUCUUGCUAAUCGAUUGAAUGAUAAGUUUUGCAUUUGUUCUAAAAGUGUCGAGCUGUUAAAAAAAAACUCGUCAAAUCAAUCUAAAUAAAUAUCACCGCCUCACAUCGGUCAAAAUCAAAAGAUUUCGAACUUGGGUCACGGCUGGUACAGUGUGCAUAAAAUAUGAAUAAAAAUUCGUGUAUAAAGAACGGUUUUACUGUUGGUGUUGCAAUCGCAAUCACAUUGUUAUCAAAUUGUGUGGUUUGCCAUGAAACAAGUGCAAAUGUCAAUCGAAUGUGGCGAAUGACGGACCACGGUCCAUUGGUACAAUUGCAACGAUAUCAAAAACCAUCAUCAUCAUACACUGAAAUAAAUACAGAUCAAAGAAACACAUUCAAAGAUCGAUUUAACAACGAUAAAAUCGUCUUUGACCAUGGUGAUUUGUACGAUAAAAUGGAUAACGAAAGAACCACCGUUUCAUCACCGAUAAUUAACAAUAAUCCACCAAAUAAUAAUGAAACAUACCAUCAAUAUUCGGACAAAGGAAACGGUGAAUAUGUAUUCAGUUUGACCAUUUGCAGUGGCAUACGGCAUAUCGAACGAGGCGAUUUUGAGGAACGAGAUGGGCAUAAAAUAUUCGUGGUUCGUGGAUUUUUCGAGCAUAUUAACAAGGAUGGAAUCGUAAAAUUGAACGCAUAUGUGUUUGACCAUACGGGCUAUCAUGAUAUCCCAGUCGUGACUGAUAAUGGAGGUGUACUUGAUUUAAAGGGGCCAGAUGACGAUGAUUGUGACAAUUCAAGAGGUGUCUAUUGUAUCGAUCAAAAACUUUUAAAUUUAUUGGUCGGUUAAUUUAUUUAGGAAAAAAUGCUCCAUUUUGCGAAACAUUGAAAUAAAUCGACAAUAUUUAUUUUUUUUUAUUCGUGUGCAUUAAAAUCUAUCAGUUAAAUAUAGUAGGUUUUUUUUCACUUUUGAGCCAAGUGGCCCUUUUCCAAGAAAUUAAUGGCACGAAAACCAAAUUAAUGUCUUAUAAACAAUAAUUAAUUUUCGGUACCAACAGACGAAGCUAUCUAGGGAUAUUUAGAGCUUCUAUACAGUAUCUAAACAGCUAAGUACACUUCAGAGGAAAAAAGAUAGUAAAAUUACUUAAUUAAGUUUCAAAAUAAAGAUUGCUCUUAUGAAACGCUUUUAUU